AUGACCAUCGGCAAGAAUAAUAAGAUUAUGGCUCAUCUCAACUACAGGAUACGAGUAACUUCACAGGACUCUCGAACAUUUACCGGAACUUUCAAAGCUUUCCAUAAACAUAUAAACAUGAUCCUAGGUGAUUAUGAAGAAUUUCAUAAAAUCAAACCCAAGAAUUCAAAAGUGGAGAGAGAAGAGAGACGAGUUUUAGGGUUCGUUUUGGUGAGAGGGGAGAGUAUUGUCUCAAUAACUGUGGAAGGCUCGCCACUUCCUGAAGAGGGCUUGCCCAUAGUUCCUAUUCCAGAAGCAGCUCUUGGACCACGAAUAGGUAAAACCUCUGGAAGGGGCAUGCCUCCAGGAAUUGGAGGAGUACCUGUUGUUUCGCAGGGACCAGUAAGAGUGGUAGGCGGACCAUCUCAGCAAGUCAUGACACCAGGGGGAAGAGAACAGGUGUUUGCCCCACCACAAAUGGAUCAAGGUCCUCCAACAAUGGGUGGUCCACCACCAGGUGUAAUGGGGCCCCCUCCUGGAGUGAUGGCAAUGACUCCUCAAAUGAGCAUGGGACGAGGAGGCCCUCCACCUCCGAUGGGAUUGAGAGGGCCUCCACCCGGAAUGAUGCGAGGAGGACCUCCUAUAUUCAAAUAUUUUGAUUCUUUUUACAACGACUUUUACUAUUUUGAAUUUGGAUAA